UUACGCACAUACAACGUUGAAAAGUUUGGUUACACUAAAAAUAAAAUACAAACAAAUUGGCUUGUUAAUUUAAUUGUCAAGGUGUAAUAAUUGUAAUAAUGAGACGACGCGAACUGCAGACAAUCCAACUUAAGCUUUCCGAGCUAAAGGAAUACGAACAGGCCAAGAUGGAGCGAGCCAAAGCCCGCCAGCAGUUGCAGACACCGCGGACACCGACUCCAACUUCCACCUCGGACCGGGACAGCGAUUCGAUUCGCAUAAUUGAAUCGGCUGUUAUCAAGGGAAUCCCGCAGUUGCUGCUGGGCAGCGGAAGCACCGAGGAUGAGGGAACCCCCGAAGCAAACAAGCAAAUCUCAUCAGCCCCCACAUAAGGUUGUUUGUGUGUGUGUGUGUGAGAGAGACAGAAGAGAGAAGAAAAGACCAUCCAAAAGUUCAUAUAACGGAACAGAGCAGUUGCCACAUUGUCGAAAUGAUGUAACGAUAACUCUUUUAAAUAUCUCAAAGAGACAGUUGAUACACUUGAAUCGGUUUCUUCAAAAAUCGGGAUCUAUAACGAUUGUUAAUUCGCCCAAAUUCAGAAAUACAUUGAACUAUUUAUAUACCUCACGAACACAGAAUGGCAUAAGGAGCUUGGAUGGACUACUCGAAUCCGGGAGUAUUCAUAUCCGAUUCGAUUCGAAUAUCACUGUGGAUAUUUUUAUGCCAUUUAUUUAACUAUGCACUUAAUGUUCAAUAAGUGCGCAUCAGCUCGACUCUAUACAUAAAUUAAUUAAAGUAAUUGUAACUAUUUUAAGAUUCUGCCACUGUCUUUAAAUUUGUAAUUAAACCAAAAGUAAGCACUUUGACAGAAAUAAUAA